AUGGGUGUUACCGACCUGUCCUAUCCCGUCGCCGACGUGUGGGAAGUGGCCCAGGCUCGUGUAAAGCCUAGAGAGGACACGAGUCUCAAGGGGUAUUUUAUUGUCAUAGGUAAACGUACAACCUCACUGCUAGAGGUGGGCAACUUCAUGCGCCCCGUGCAUCCGAAAGCCAAUGCGCUGCCAUGCAGGAACCCCCCGGGGCUGAUGGUCUACGCCGCCGGCCCCUUCAUUGGCAUUUCAAAGAAGUGGUCCACCGCAAGUCUCAGUAUUCCUCUCAAGGUCGGCAACGGGAGUAGCAUCCGGGAGCUGGGCCUCAAGUACCGCCCAGUUGAGGAGAGCUUUCGAGCCCACUAUAAGUCUUGGGAGCAGGCCAAGAGAUGA